AGUGGACACUCUUCAUUGUAUAUGAAUAGUACCGGAGCUAGCUAGACCAUUGCUAUCAUUUCUUGCUUUCCAGCACUUGUACCAGAGUACCGGUACCCCAAUUACUUACACCCCGACUGAAAUGCGCCAGCAUAGCUGUCAAUCAAAUGUGAAGGAGAAAGUGUGCGAUCUGGCAAUCUUGUUCUGUUCACUUCAAAACUUGCUCCGCUGCGGUGCUGCGGUCCAGUUUGUUAUAUUGGUUGUCAUGUCACAAUCAAUCAAUCCUCAUAAUCAUCGUCGUGGAGUUGGCGAUUGGUCGUCUUCUUUCUUCAUUCAUCUCCACGGCCAAAGAGUUCAUUGUUAUAGAAUAGUACCGUAUAGCUAGCCAUUCCAUCACUGGUGGUUGGCUACGCCCUACCAGUGUUUUCUGGAGCGCUAGCUAGCGGAAAGCUGCGGUGAUUAGCAUUUUUGAUUUCUUCUGUCUCGUAUAUUCUUUUCUGUGGAUGAACGAUGGAGAGUUCCUCUUCUACUACUACUACUAAUGGCACCGCCCAUCGACCUCAUUUCUCGAUUGGCGUGGAUGAUGUAUACGUUCGACCCAUCCCGGGGAGUCUCGUCUCUUACAUGUGGCACGCGGCACCGAAUUUGCUCUAUCGAACAGGUGUCAUGUGUUCCAAUGAUGGACUCUUGAGGUUCUUGCAAUGUGGGACAUCAUCAGCACCACAAGAUGUGUUUGAAGGAAAAUUUCACAUCAACAAGACACUCUUUCAAAAGGCCAUGUUCCGACCAAGGAAUGAUCUACAAGUUGGAAGUACAUGCUACGAUGAAGAAAAGGAUCGAUGGUGCAUUCUGAAGCGCAUUGACAUGGAAAUGGGAGGCGUGCAUGUCGUCUACAAAGGUCAAACCAACCAAGAACUCGUUUCGGCAGACUUUUUGCAUGGACUUGUUGUUGUUGUUUCACAGCCACCCACGGCACCACACCCGUCGGCAAAGGCACUGGCCGUAUUGCAGCCACGACGACGACAGCAACCAGCACAACGACUCUCAGGGAGGAAGAGACCCAGUUUGAGGCAACUGCCGUUGGCUAGCAGUGUGGUUGCCAACACACAAAAGAGUGACAACCAACCGGAACAGCAGGAACUCCAGCAGAAUCAUGCCCUUCCUCCGGAACACAACGAUGCCCCGACACAUCAGCAGGGUGACAACCAAACAAAUCAAUCCAGCCAAGAACGAGACGCCGCCACUACAGAAACUCUUGCCCCACAACAAAUGGCCACUGUGGCGGCGGCUCCUCCAACGCCACCACCACCAGUGGAUCGGCAGCAGAUUCGGAGAGUUUCCUGGGGAGAACUACUGAGGAUUGAUUUUGAUGAUGAUGAUGAUGGGUUCUCUUCCGACAGCGAUUCUUCUUCUAGUAGUGCUGGGAGCUGCAGCAGUCAAGAUUCUUAUUUCCGGACUCCUGUCCGGUCUCCUGCCUCGUCAUCAGACGAGGACGAGGACGCCAGCACAGAUCAAAGCCAUCGCUACCGACUGUCGGUUGGUCCUAUUACCGCCAGGAAGACGGCAUCGGCCGCAAUCAGAGCGACUGUAACGGGCCGGAAUCUGGAUGACGCGUUCCAAGAAGAACAUUUGGGACGCACGAGUGGUGAUCAUCGUGCCGAGGCAGAGAACCCACCACCACCACCACAAGAACAACAACAGCAACCAGUAGAAGCCACGAGGGAAUCGUCUUUGUCUGUCAGAAGCAAUGCUGGGGCCAAUACCGAAUUCCCAACACAACAGCAAGAAGCAGCAGCCAGAAGGGAGUCAUCUUCAUCCCAAAAUGACAGCAGCGAUGAUUCCGAGGCCGAGAUCCUCACACAACCACAGCAGCAAAAUGUCACCAGGAGGGAAUCCUCUUCAUUCGACGAUGGCAGGAGUAUCGUUGAGGCUGAGGCCAAGAUCCCACCACUACGAAAUCAACAAGAUGACAGGUGCAACGAACCAUCUUCGUCUAACCAUGACAGCUUCAAUAUAGAUACUGAGACCCAGAUCCAGCCACAACCUCAUCGCCAAGACGAAGCCAGGAGGGAAGCAUCUUCAUCUGACAAUGACAGCAUCAAUGCUGCUGAUGCCGAGAUCCUGACUCAACCACAUCACCAAGAAGAAGACUGGGAAUCAUCGUCGUCUUGGGAUGACAGCAACAAUGCCGAGAUUUCGCCACACCGAAACCACCAAGAAAUUGCCAGGAGAGAAUCAUCCAACAGCUUUGGUGGCAUGCAAUCUCUGACGGUCGCUCUCCAACUGAAUUUGGAGAGCAUCGAUAGUGACGACGUUGAGGAGGAGAAGGCUAUAGCCGCUGUACCAUCCAUGGACAUCUCAGACAUUGAAGAAGAAAAUGCUAUCCACAAACACUCAGAUGACGACAGCUCUGACGAUAGCGAGGACGACGCAUCAAUCACGAUGAAGAAGAAGGUGCGGGCUUCCAACGAGCCAGAACGAAUGGACUGUGACGCUGACGAUUCAGAUGCACAAAGCGAAGACAAAGAAAAUGACAGCGUAGCGUCGUCCCCAGGGAACGAUUCGUCGGGCAAAGCGACGGUCGAUAGCAGCGGUGAGGACGCCCCGGAAGACGAUGACGAGGAGCAAGGUAGUAGCGAGAGUUCCGACGAAGAAGUCGAGCCCCACGAGGCUGAAGAAGUUGGGGAAAUUCGGGAUGAAGAUGUUUUUCGAACCCCCGAAGCCGGUGAAUUGGUCAGCCGCCAAUGGAACUGCGAAGGGGCAUAUCGGGUUGGUGUUGCAUGCGGCAAGAAGAAGAAUCGAAAGACAAUCAAUAUUCGAUUCUUCGAUGGGUGGAAGCCAAAUGGGAAGCCUAGCAGUCAGCUCCUUCAAAGUACAAUUGACGAGGCAUCGUUUCGAUUAGGCUUGUUUCGUCCCAGACCAGAGCUGAAGCCCGAAUGUCGUUGCUUCGACAGAGAGCGAAACUCUCAUUGCACCCUCAAAGCAAUCAAUAGGGCUUCUGGAUCUGUCCGCGUACAAUUCGACGGCGAAGAAGACGAAGAGGAGAUAUCCCCAGACUUUCUUGUACCGUGUUAGAGAGGGCAUCCAGUCCCACAACUGUGGCGGAGCAGUUGGAGUCAACUUCGUGUUCUGAAUCGCGGUGUUCUGAAUCACCGGACCAUCAAGGCGACGAUGUGACUGCGCCCGGCGGUG